AUGUUGAACUAUUUACCGGUUUUAAUAUUAUUCAUAGUCGCGACACAAGCUGAGUCGUCAAUAUCGACUGUUGUUCAGUCCAAGACGGCCUCGCCUGACAUUGCGAUCGCUCCUAGUCUGACACCAACAUUCCAGGACCCUCAUGCGCCCAACCCACAAAAAUGCCCUGGCUACAAGGCAACAAAUAUCAAGAGGGACCUGAAAGGUGUGAAGGCUGACUUGACCAUGGCUGGACCUAACUGCCAGGCGUUUGGUAAUGACAUUCGUGACCUGAUACUCGAGGUACAGUAUCAGACAAAGGAGAGACUGAAUGUCAAGAUAUUCCCCAAGUAUCUUUCUGAAGAGAACAGGACUCAGUAUAUCUUACCAGACUCACUUGUAUUUGAGCCUGUACAAGACAAGAAGACGACAAUCUCGAACACUGAGAACAUCCAUGAUUUCCAUCUGGGGCAAAACUUCACUCAGACCUUCUGGACCAAUGAUGCUGGCAUAGAGCACGGUAACCCUAUAAAUGGAAAUAUCUAUGGUGUCCAUCCCUUCUACCAGGAGAGUCGAUACCACAAGGGUAGCAACACCACUUCUCACGGUAUAUACGCCCGCAAUGCUCAUGGCCAAGAGUGGCUUCUGAGACCUGAGACAUUGACAUACCGCACCAUCGGUGGAAGUGUUGAUCUCUACUUCCUUAGCGGCCAGAACAAGCAAGGAGGGUCCACAGCCAUUGAGACCAUGCGCCAGUAUCACGCUGGCUGCGUUGGCUUACCUGCGAUGCAAAUGUUCUGGACACUUGGCUUUCACCAAUGUCGCUUGGGAUAUGACACCCUCGAUAAGAUCGAAGCGGUUGUCGAGAAUUACAGAGCCGCUGAUAUUCCACUCGAGGCUAUUUGGUCAGACUUUGACAUGUUUGAUGGCUUCCGCAGCUUCGCUAAUAACCCGGUCACUUUCCCGCCUGAUCGCAUGGCGAAGUGGGUAGACUGGCUUCAUGAAAACGAGCAGUACUACGUUCCUCUUGUAUGGGCCAACAUAUACCGUCCGAAUCCUGAUGAUCCAAAGGAUACUUACGGUCCCUAUGAACGCGGCGCCAAGCUCAAAGCAUUCAUCAGGGAUCCAGAGUCGGGCGACUUCUACACGGGCAACAACUGGCCUGGGUUCGUUGUCUGGGGAGACUUCAUGUUGCCUGAGACGCACAAAUGGUGGGCUGGAGAGCUCAAGAUAUGGUACGAUAGCGUGCCUUACGAUGGAAUGCUCUCCGAUCUUACAGAGCCCGCUUCAUACUGCGUGGGGCCCUGCGGAAAUAGUCGUCUAGAUAUGAACCCCGUUCAUGUUCCGUUCCUGAUUCCUGGAGAGAAGCUCAGGAUGUUCUAUGAGUAUCCAGAUGGCUUCAGUGUGACUAAUCGCUCUGAGUUUGAAAAGGCAAAAGAGCUUGCGGCCAAUCAGUCAGCGGAGGUCGAAGCGGCCCAUGUCUUCCAAGUGCCUGUCACUAGCACGCUAGGACGUACAGAGCCAACACCAGGUGUCAGAAACCUGACUUAUCCACCUUAUGUUCUUAACAAUCUGCAACCUGGCCACUCCAUCAGGAGAAUGACCAUCUCUCCGGAUGCAACCCACAAUGAUGAGUUAAACACCACUGAUAUGUUCUUAUCCAUCUCACAUGCCCUGACACACAUGAUGGCUGGAAUUCCCAUGUUUGGAGUUGACAUCUGUGGCUACUCCCAUAACGCCAGUUUUGACCUUUGUGCUCGAUGGAUGUCUCUGGGAGCCUUCAUGCCUUUUUAUCGAAAUCACAAUAUGGGCGGCACGAUAUCCCAAGAAGCGUUUGUCUGGUCGUCUGUUGCUGAAGCUUCACGUCGAGCUAUAGCGGUAAGAUACAGCCUUCUCAACUACAUCUACACUCUGUUCCACUACGCCAAUACCAAAGGCGAUCUUGUGAUGCGCGCUUUGGCAUGGGAGUUUCCAAACGACGAAAGCCUCAAGGCCACCUAUUCCCAGUUUUUACUGGGUCCAUGUCUUCUAGUAACACCUGUUCUCACUCCAAACUCAAAAACAGUACGCGGCGUUUUUCCUGGGAUUGGAGAAGGAACAAGAUGGUUUGACUGGUAUACACUGAAUGAAGUCCAUGCCAAACCUCAAGAGAACGUCACUCUUGAUGCACCUUUGGAACAUAUCAACCUUCACAUCAGAGGCGGCACAAUAUUUACGUUGCAAAAACCGGGAAAUACAACUGCAGCGACGAGAAGGAACCCGUUUUCACUUCUCUUGGCCUUGGACGACAAUGAGUACGCUGAAGGAAGUGUGUAUCUUGAUGACGGUGUCAGUCUCAAACCAAAAGCCAUCAAGACUGUCGCAUAUACCUUCAGGAAGGGGAUUUUAAGAGCGGAAAUCACUGGUGACUACAAGGUGAGUCCUCCACUUGUAAACAUAACUGUGGCUGGACUUCGCAAGGCGCCUAAGGGCGUUGAGUUCCAUUCCGAGGAAGUAAAUGAGGAAGAUUCAUCACCAAAACUUGAGUAUAGUAAUGGCACAGCAUGUGUAACAGGGCUGGAACGAUUUAUACAGAACGGAGCCUUUAGCUAUGACUUCCAGGUCACAUUUAAGUAUUAA